AUGGAAUACAAAACUCAACACCAAAGUACUCUCAAAGUAAAGCCUCGGCUUAUCAUCCAUGGCGGGGCAGGCAACAUCCAGCGCCGGAACUACCCCCAAGACAAGCUCCAGGCUUAUCGCGCCGCACUCAUCGAUAUUGUUACAGAAGCAGAUCGGUACAUGAGAAAUCAAGCCGUCGUGGCCUCAGAGAAGGAACUCAAAGGGCGUCCUUCUGCGCUGGAGAUAGCGACGCAUGCGGUCCGGCUGAUCGAAGAUAACCCCCUCUUCAACAGCGGACACGGCGCCGUGUUCACCCGUGAUGGAAUCAACGAACUGGAAGCGUCAGUGAUGGUAUCCCGGGGCUUCAAGAAGCGAGGCGUGGGCGUCAUGGGCGUCCGCCACGUGAAGAAUCCCAUUCUCUUGGCUAAAGCGAUGCUCGAGCAUGGUGAAGACGAUCUCGAAGGACGGGGCAAACGGGCUCAGGGGGCGUCGUCAGAUGAUCUCGACGUCCCUUCGGCUCAAGGGCACACCCAGCUCUAUGGUAGAGCAGCCGAGAAGCUGGCAGAACAGUAUGGAUUGGAGUUGGUCGACCCCAGCUACUUUUACACGCAACAGCGCUGGGACGAGCACAUCCGGGCCCUAGAGCGGGAAAAGAGCGGCCAGGGACAAGCCACAUGGAGUGCAACUGAGUAUCUCCCACAGGGCACCUGCGGAGCGGUGGCUCUUGAUGAGGACGGAGUCAUAUGUGCCGCAACCAGCACGGGUGGUUUAACGAACAAGCUCACUGGACGUAUUGGCGAUACGCCCGUUGUUGGCGCAGGCUUCUGGGCUGAGGAGUGGGGUGAGGACGGCGAUCCAACAGGGCCGACGGCAUGGGACCGCUUGAAGAACUCCAUCGCUCAGCCAGGGCCGUCACUCGUGCUGAGUGAUACUCUGAGGGGAGCUUUGGCGGACUGCUUGCCCAGCCCAAUGAUGUACUCUCCUCUCGAUACCCUCAGCACGAGCAGCGGAGGAACCUAUACGACAAGGUCCUUUGGAGGAUCUGGAACUGGCAACGGCGACUCUUUCCUCCGCGUCAACGCUGUUCGAACUGUCGCCGCCAUGGCAAGAUGGAAACCAGAGUCGGGAGUCAAGGCGAUCGCCCACGUUGCUGGGCGUGGCGGAGAACUGGAAAAGAGCGCGGGUGAUCGUUGGGGUCGCACAGGAGAGGGAGAAGGCGGCAUCAUUGGCAUCGAAUCGGUAGUCGUCCACGAUUCAAAUGGUGGAGUUAUAGACACACGGUCUGAAGUCCUGAUGGACUUUAACUGCGGGGGCAUGUUCCGGGCCUGGAUUGACAACGAGGGUAAACCUCAGGUGGGAGUCUUCGCUACUGGGUCAGAUGAGCUAUAG